AUGAGUGGUUCAAUAAGCGUUGAGUUGCCGCGUGGAGUUGUUCUGUUUUUACCGCAGACGACGCUGGUGCAGCCGAAGGAUGGGAUUGUUCCAGUUACGACGAGGGAUUCGUUUGCUUCACCCUCUCUCUUCAGUGCUGGUGGAGUAAUUGCUGCUUUCGCUGAGGGUCACAUGGAUGCCGGAUAUCAAGGUGGUCAAUUAAGUGAGCCCUUUUCUUCUGAUGUGGUUGCGGGGUGCAUCGACUCUGCGUGGAAUUGGUCCACUGUUGUUGGUGAGGUCAAUGAACGGCAGUCGGAGUCUUUUUUGGCUUCCCCACCUUGUGCAGGCGUCGGGGGCCAUACCAGAGGUCGAGUUGCGGCC